CCGCCGUGAGUCCUGGCGGCGAGCGUCGUCCUCGAGCUGAGGCAGCAGCCGGAGGGGGAGCCGCGGGCGCUGAGGUUUCUGUCAUUCACAAAAAAAAAUGGAUCAUUUAAAUCUUUGGAGGACUUAGUUGUCACAGUACUUCUAUACUUCCAACUAAGAUUUAUGACAGUAAAUUUCUGCAUCAUAGAACUGCUGAAGAACUAAAGGAUGAUUUUAUAAACCUACAGUAUCAUGAUAUUACUAAAUAAAACUGAAGAGCACAAUUAUUAAAUUAUUAGACUUGCUAAUACAAGCACACAUGUGCAGUAGCUACUGUAUCCUGACAGUUACCAAACCUCAAAUUUAGAUGUUUUUAAUUUGUAGGAAAGGUCAUUAUAUUUGCAAGAAACCACUGAACAUUGUCAUCAAGUAUAUUUUCAGCUGAGUGUAAGUUAGGAGAAAUUACUUGAAACAAGUUCUAGAAAAUUCCAACUCCCGUCACUGAGUGUAUUCGAUAUUAUGGCAGCAACUUACAGACUUGUGGUCAGUACUGUGAACCACUACAGCAGUGUGGUGAUAGACCGACGCUUUGAGCAAGCUAUACAUUAUUGCACUGGAACCUGCCACACCUUUACACAUGGAGUUGACUGCAUUGUAGUACAUCAUAGUGUUUGUGCAGACCUCUUGCACAUCCCUGUGUCUCAGUUCAAAGAUGCGGAUCUGAACUCUAUGUUUCUACCCCAUGAAAAUGGGUUUUCCCCAGCUGAGGGUGACUACCACCAUCAGGCCCUAACAGGCAUACCCAGGGGCAAGAAAGGAUCUACGUUUCAGAACACCUGUAACUUAAAAGACAUUGCAGGAGAAGCAAUCAGUUUUGCCAGCGGGAAAAUAAAAGAAUUUUCCUUCGAAAAGCUCAAAAACUCUAACCAUGCAGCUUACAAAAAGGGAAGAAAAGUUAAGUCUGACUCAUUUAAUAGGAGGUCAGUUGAUUUUGACUUGCUCUGUGGCCAUUAUAACAAUGAUGGGAACUCCCCAUCCUUUGGUUUACUACGGAGUUCCUCAGUUGAGGAAAAAUCUUUGUCCCAUAGAAACUCGCUUGAUGCAAACCUGACGUCAAUGUUUCUUCACAACUUCUCUGAAGAAGACCUGGUUACUCAGAUUUUGGAAAAACAUAAAAUAGAUAAUUUUUCUUCUGGAACAGACAUAAAGAUGUGCUUGGAUAUCUUGCUGAAAUGCUCUGAGGAUUUGAAAAAAUGCACAGAUAUCAUAAAACAAUGCAUAAAGAAAAAGUCAGGGAGUAGCAUCAAUGAAGGAAAUGGCAAUGAUGCAAUUUCUAGCUCUGAAACUGUCUAUAUGAAUGUAAUGACCAGGUUAGCAUCCUAUCUGAAAAAGCUACCAUUUGAAUUCAUGCAGCCUGGUAAUAAUGAUGCUAUAGAUUUAACAGAACUGGUCAGUAAUAUGCCCAGUUUACAACUGACUCCCUUUUCCCCAGUAUUUGGCACUGAACAGCCCCCUAAAUAUGAAGAUGUUGUCCAGCUCUCAGCCCCUGACUCUGGACAGUUUCACACUAUAGAACUGCAAGAUGACAAACACAGUUCUAGGAAAACAGACGCUGUAAAUUCCAUUCCAAACAACUCUACAGAUUAUUUAUAUAACUCUGAAAUAAAUGAUCCCAGAACCCUAAAAGAUACCCAGCUUCAAUCACAGUCGUUAAGCAUGAACCCUUUAGAAAAUAUUUCUUCUAAUGACCUAAUGGAAACCCUUUAUAUUGAAGAAGAGUCUGAUGGAAAGAAAGCAUCAGAUAAAGGACAAAGGGCAGAGAAUGGACCUGGUCAGUUGUUAAAUGAAGAUAGAGCAGAAUUUUCAGACCACGUUACUCAUCUUAAAAAAAGUCCUGCCUCUGUGCAAAAUGAAAAUGGUAAGAUAUUUGAGAAACUAGUUGUUAACCUACCUGAGGAAGAUUUUAAAUCAAAAGUUCCUAAAGUUGAAGACGGAGGCCACAGAGAUUAUAUGAAUCCUAACAGCCAGGAGGAGAUAGAUAAAUUGUUAAUGGAUUUGGAAUCAUUUUCACAGAAAAUGGAGACGUCUCUGAGAGAGCCACUUGCCAAAGGUAAAAGCUCUAACUCUCUAAGUAAUCCUAGUCCAUUUACUGGUCAGCUUCCUAUAGAUGUUGAACCGAAAUCUAAAGUCUCUUCACCCACUGAAAAAGUCUCACCUUCCUGUCUAACAAGGAUUAUUGAAACCAAUGGACACAAAAUAGAGGAGGAAGAUCGAGUCCUCUUACUACGAAUUCUAGAAAGCAUUGAAGACUUUGCCCAAGAACUAGUUGAAUGCAAAUCGGGCAGAGGCAGUCUAUCACAAGAAAAGGAAAUGAUGCAGAUUCUACAGGAAACCUUGACCACUUCCUCCCAGGCCAAUUUAUCAGUCUGUAGAAGUCCUGUUGGUGAUAAAGCCAAAGACAGUACUUCAGUGGUUUUGAUUCAGCAGACCCCAGAGGUAAUCAAGAUUCAAAAUAAACCAGAAAAGAAACCUGGAACACCACUACCACCUGCAGCCACCUUUCCAAGUAGUCCCAGACCUCUCUCCCCUGUUCCUCAUGUGAAUAAUGUUGUGAAUGCACCAUUGUCCAUAAACAUUCCACAGUUCUACUUUCCUGAAGGACUCCCAGAUGCCUGCAGUAACCAUGAACAGACUCUAAGCAAAAUUGAAACUGCUUUCAUGGAUAUUGAAGAUCAGAAAGCAGACAUCUAUGAAAUGGGAAAAAUUGCAAAGCUCUGUGGAUGUCCUCUGUAUUGGAAAGCCCCCAUGUUCCGGGCUGCAGGGGGAGAAAGGACAGGAUUUGUGUCCGCACAGUCAUUCAUUGCCAUGUGGAGAAAGUUGCUGAAUAACCAUCAUGAUGAUGCCUCUAAGUUUAUCUGUCUCCUGGCAAAGCCCAGCUGCACCUCUCUAGAACAGGAGGAUUUUAUCCCUUUACUUCAGGAUGUGGUCGAUACACACCCUGGCCUCACGUUCCUGAAAGAUGCUCCAGAAUUCCACUCUCGCUACAUCACCACGGUUAUUCAAAGAAUAUUCUACACAGUCAACAGAUCUUGGAGUGGAAAAAUAACUUCGACAGAGAUAAGAAAAAGCAACUUUUUGCAAACUCUAGCCCUUUUGGAAGAAGAGGAAGAUAUAAACCAAAUCACAGAUUACUUCUCCUAUGAACAUUUCUAUGUUAUUUAUUGUAAAUUCUGGGAGCUAGACAGUGAUCAUGACCUCUACAUCAGCCAGGCUGAUUUAUCUCGAUACAAUGACCAGGCUUCAUCAAACAGAAUUAUUGAAAGGAUAUUCUCUGGGGCAGUAACAAGGGGAAAAACAGUACAGAAAGAGGGAAGAAUGAGCUAUGCAGAUUUUGUUUGGUUUUUGAUCUCUGAGGAAGACAAAAGGAACCCAACCAGCAUUGAGUAUUGGUUCCGCUGCAUGGAUAUGGAUGGAGAUGGUGUACUCUCCAUGUACGAGCUAGAGUACUUCUAUGAGGAGCAGUGUGAACGGAUGGAAGCCAUGGGCAUUGAGCCCUUGCCAUUCCAUGAUUUGCUGUGCCAGAUGCUUGACCUGGUGAAGCCAGCCAGCGAUGGCAAAAUAACACUACGAGAUCUGAAGAGAUGCAGAAUGGCACACAUAUUUUAUGAUACUUUCUUUAAUCUGGAGAAAUACUUGGACCAUGAACAGAGAGAUCCCUUUGCGGUCCAAAAGGAUGUUGAGAAUGAGGGGCCUGAACCCUCUGACUGGGACAGGUUUGCAGCUGAGGAGUAUGAGACUCUUGUUGCGGAGGAAUCUGCCCAAGCACAGUUCCAGGAAGGCUCCUUUGAAGAUUAUGAAACAGAAGAACCUGCCUCUCCCUCUGAAAUUGGAAACAAAGGCAAUAAAAGUAAAAUAGUAACCUCAAGCCUUUCAGAGAAAUGUGGAAAGCUUCAGUCAGUGGAUGAAGAAUAGCUGCCAAGGUCUACAUGAAAGAGAUAUGUAAUUUAAAUCUUUUUCUUGUGAAGAUGCUCCAGUUUGCAUACUGCUUAAAGGCUUUGAUUUCUGCAAGUGUGUAUCUGCACUAGGAACUUUAAAACAUUUUUAAGCAAUAGAUCUGGAUACACAUGCUCAAUUUGGUGGACUCCUCCAAUUUGCCUCAAACCUCUUACAGACCUUUUCCUCCAAACAAAUACAAUGAUAUAUAUAUCACCUUCCAAAGACUGUGAAUCUGCACUGUUCACCCCUGAAUGUACUAGCGAUCUUUUGGGGACAGUGCCAAGCACAAUUCUCUGCACAAAAGCAGGAGGUGCCUCUGUUGUCCAGCUUCCCUGAGGUCCCUCAGGGCUCCCACGGAGCCCAGAAGAAACCUUCACUUGCAGAAAACUUGAGUCAAAAAAAUUCUGGAACUUGAGAAAGCAGAUAAAGGGCCUCCAGAAAUGACUUACCCCUGGUAAUAAAAGCACUGCCAGAACAUCUCAGACUUUUUAAUAUGUGUACUGGAGUUCAAAGAUCUUGAACUUACUUGGUUUAAUGUAACUUCACAAUGACCUGCCAAACUGCUAGUCACUUUACAUCCUCAGGUAUUGUAACCACUGGGCCUUCCAACCUUGCUGGCAAGCUCUGCAUAAUCUCUCCCCAUCCUGACUGUGGAUCUUAUAUAAGAUAGGAUGAAAAAAAAAACUUCUAAGUACAGAAUUUGAUUCAUACUUGAAAAAAUUUCCUUUUAACUUAUCUAACAUUUGUGGAGAAUUACUGAAGGACUUAUUAAUCUUCAAAUUAGUUGAUGUCCCCCAUCUACACUUCCUAUCAGAAGGCCUACUUGAAGACGUAGUGAUUUGAAAAUUUUUACUAGAUGCAUUCAUCACUAUUACACUAAGCCAAUAGUAAAGGCCUCAAUCUAAACAUUAUCCAUUCAUGUUGAAAAGAAACUAUUUCAAAUAUUCCAUCACCUCAAUAUUUAGCACAAAAAUGGAAGAAAACUGUGAUGCCACCCAUAAAGAAAAUCAGCUUCAUCUUUACUAUAAUUGUAGAAGUGUUCAUUACAGAAUUAUUUUCUCUGCAAGCCACAAUGCAGCCAAAUCCUGCAAUAUCCUUAAGAACUGAAAACUAUUAAGAAGGAUGGAAAUUUCUAAUAGUGUAAGUAAAAGACACUCCCAAGAAACUUUUUCACAACCAUCCCUGUCAAAGUCAUCACCUUUUCCCCUGGGUUUUUUGCUUUAACCACAUGUCCUGAAUGCCAGAAUAGCUUCUCUUGCCACUCUGCUUUGGUUCCUCCUUACUGGUAUGAAAGUCGAACAAUAAAAUAAUCAAACCUUGGGCUAUAGUAGGCAAAAAGUGGCAAUUUAGGAAAUGCACCAUCAACUGAUGCAGUUUGCUGUUAUUUUACCUUUUAUGAUCAGAACUAAUCUUCCAUUUAACUGUUAUAUAAAGUGAAAAAUAUUAAAAUUUGGUAUCUAAUAGUUCACAAAGAACUAAAAACUUAAAAAUGACUAUAUUUUUAGGAAAAAUUAUAUGCAAUAACCUAAAUACACUAGUAAAUUAGAAAAUAUUUGUAUUUGUGAUACAUGAACUUGACCAUCUAUCCCAUCCACCCUUUACCAGGGAGAGAAAGCAAUUUUUAUGUCACAUAAAAUAUUAAAAAGGUAAGAUUUUUAAAGCCAGAUAUGGUUUAAAGGUUUUAUUAUCCAUAAUGAUCUAAACUAUUUCUAAGCCUCAAAAAGUAAAAAAGUUUCAGUAUACAUUUUUUUUUUAAUAUACUAUUUGGCUUUUACCUUUUUACUUUGUGUCUCCUUACUGAAAUCCUCUUGCUUUUACUUUGGUCUGUAUUUGGUUUCAAAAGUCUGUAAUUAUUAUAAAAAGUUACAUCUACCCAUAUCAUUCCAUUUAAGAUAAAGCUAUUUUAAUUUAGGUUACCCAAAGUAUAUUUUCAGAAAGAAGCGUUUUGAUGUACUCCUUUCUUAAGAGUUGAAUGCAAGAAAUGUGACUUCUGAGGAACUAGGACAGUAUAUAUAUGACUUUCUGGUAAAGAGAUCUCACUGAAUAUUAUCAUUACUGCCCAACUGGAAAUUACAAGUUUUUAUAAUAUCCCUGGCUCCUUGAUAAAAAUUGAAGGUUAUCAUGGUCUUAAUGCAAGUCAAUGAAAAAUGAACUUCAUAACAUUAAUUGCUAAGGUAAUCAAAGUAAUGAAAUUCUGUAUAUUUUCUCUGCAUCUUAUCUAUGUCACUGUGUCAAAGUGUUUAUAAAAUUCUAGAAUCAAAUGAGGUGUAAGGUAUUUGCUCGAUACUUGGAAAUGUUAAAGUGUAUUUGGGUGGAGAAACCUGCAUGAUUUAACUUGUUUUUGUUUUUCCCUUUUUGCAAAACUAAAUAAAGACAAGUUGUCAAAUAUGAA